CGCCCGGCACUGGAUGCCGUCUCCGCUUCACAUGCUGCGCCUCAGAGGCGCGGUGCACAGGUCUCCGCUCGGCUCGCCAGCUCCGGUUCCAGGCCGCCGCGGGCUCCUCGACUCCCCACAGAUCCCAGGCGGGCCGGCAGAGCGGCCAUGAAGCGAAGCCGCAGACGCCUGUCAGCUGCCUCCCGGCGCCGCCCGCGCUGCUCCCAUUGUCACCGCCUCGUACGCCGGAAGUGGAACUGCGCGCGCCCGAGAGGUUGUCGGGAGGGGCCGGCGAAGAAAACGAGCGCCGGGCGAACCGCAGAGAGGACCGACGCUGCGGUGCGUGAGGAACUGUGAUCCUUGCGGGCCACCAUCCCGGAAGUGGCCUUUAGAGGAAGAAAGUCCUGGAGUUGCGGGCGAUACAUGUUUCGAGGUUUUAGGCGGGGGCUCUUAGAACUUUCUGCGGUAUAUGUUGGUCUGUAGCAACUUAGAAGUGUUAGUCAUCUCCUCUAAAGGAGCUACCCUCUCUGCUGAGAGCGACUGGGAUGUGGCGCAGGAGGAGCCCCGGGGCUUCUGCUAAGAGUCCAUCUGAGAAAGCCGGUCUGCGCUUUUCCUUGGUGGCCACCUUAGUUCUGAGAUAAGCUAAAGCUUAUCUCAGGCUUACCAUGGCUCAGCGGGCAGUGUGGCUCAUAAGCCACGAACCGGGAACUCCACUUCGUGGCGCUGUGAGAUUCUCCAGACGGUAUCCAACCGUUGAAAAACGAGCCAGAGUCUUCAACAGAGCAAGUUAUGUGCCUAUUCCUGAAGAUGGUCCCUUUCUUAAAGCACUGCUCUUUGAACUUAGAUUAUUGGAUGAUGAUAAGGACUUCGUGGAGAGUCGUGAUAGCUGUUCACGCAUCAAUAAAACAUCCAUCUAUGGACUCCUGGUAGGAGGUGAAGAACUCUGGCCAGUUGUUGCUUUUCUGAAGAAUGACAUGAUAUAUGCUUGUGUUCCACUAGUGGAACAAACUCUGUCCCCUCGUCCACCAUUAAUUAGUGUUAGUGGAGUUUCACAAGGCUUUGAACUUCUUUUUGGAAUACAGGAUUUUCUCUAUUUAGGUCAAAAAAAUGACAAUGAGCUAAAUACAAAAUUGAGCCAGUUGCCUGACUUGCUUCUGCAGGCCUGUCCAUUCGGUACUGUAUUAGAUGCCAACUUACAGAAUUCAUUAGAUAAUACCAAUUUUGCAUCUGUGACUCAGCCACAGAAACAGCCAGCUUGGAAACCUGGAACUUACAAAGGAAAACCACAAGUUUCUAUUUCUAUCACCGAGAAAGUAAAAUCCAUGCAAUAUGAUAAACAGGAUGUAGCAGAUACCUGGCAAGUUGUUGGAACAGUGACUUGCAAGUGCGAUUUGGAAGGAAUCAUGCCAAAUGUUACCAUCAGCUUGAGUCUCCCCACCAAUGGAUCUCCACUUCAAGAUAUUCUAGUUCAUCCUUGUGUAACUUCUCUUGACUCUGCAAUUCUGACUUCUAGUAGCAUUGAUGCAGUGGAUGACUCUGCAUUUAGUGGGCCUUACAAAUUUCCAUUCACUCCACCUUUAGAGUCAUUCAACUUAUGCUACUACACUUCCCAGGUCCCUGUCCCACCAAUUUUGGGUUUUUAUCAAAUGAAGGAGGAAGAAGUACAACUAAGAAUAACUGUUAAUUUAAAACUUCAUGAAAGUGUGAAAAAUAAUUUUGAAUUCUGUGAAGCUCAUAUACCUUUUUUCAAUAGAGGUCCAAUUACACAUUUGGAAUACAAAACUAGUUUUGGCCAGCUUGAAGUAUUUCGAGAGAAAAGCUUAUUGAUCUGGAUUAUUGGCCAGAAGUUCCCAAAAUCAAUGGAAAUUAGUCUUUCUGGAACUGUAACUUUUGGAGCCAAGAGCCAUGAGAAGCAGCCAUUUGACCCAAUUUGUAUUGGAGAAACAGCAUAUUUAAAGCUUCACUUUAGGAUCUUGGAUUACACACUUACUGGGUGUUAUGCAGAUCAGCAUUCGGUUCAAGUUUUUGCGUCAGGAAAACCAAAAAUAAGUGCAUACCGGAAACUAAUUUCUUCUGAUUAUUACAUCUGGAAUUCUAAAGCCCCUGCUCCAGUAACUUAUGGAUCAUUAUUACUGUAAUAUUCUCAUCUUUAAAUUGGAUUAUAUAAUAACAAUUUAAAGGAAAUCAUAAUCUUAUAUUUCUAAUGUGGAUGCAUAUAACCUAUGAGUGAAAAACCGUUGAAUGAUUCAGUUGUAAAACUACUCUUAUUUAGUGUUUGUAGUCUGAUAGAGUUUGAAGGGAUGUUUUGAAAGCUAUUGUCUCCAAUUUUGUUACCCUUUGAUUUUAUGCCAGUAUAAUUCAGAAUGUUAAAAGUAAUUAUUCUCUUGGGCUCAUUUUAGACUAGUUCUGGGUCACCCUGCCACACUUGUUUCCUAACGUUUCCGUGGCAAACAUUGCCAAUCAAUUACAGCUCCUUUUCUAUACUGAGCCUUGAUUAAAGGGUCAGCCUCUUUUUUAGUUCUGUGCAAGAUAAAAACUAUUUUCUCUUCCAUAUCUAAAUACUAAGCUCCUAGUAUAAGGUGUUGUUAUAGAAUACCAGAGACUGUGUUAGAAACAACUACCUCUUCAAAAGCAGCCAACCGAGACAAAGGAAGAUUUUUUAAAUAGUAACCUGUUCUUCUUAAUCAGAACUAUCCUAUUGACUAAUAAAGAAUCUGCAUAAUUCUAUUUAAAGUGUGUAAUCUCUGUUCUAGAGUUAGUUUUUAAGUAAGCUUGUUAAUCUGCCAUGUUGACAUUUUGCUUAGGAUGUCAAUAGCCAUAUUAAGAUGUGUGGGAUACCUUCAGAAGAUGAUCAUAGUGUUUUGUAAUCGUUUAAUGCCUGCAGCCAAAUUUUUUAAAGAUAAUUUAGGUAUAAUAUUCCUCUUUCUGUGUUUUAUUAGGUUAAAAUUAGUGAAUUCAGGUAAAAAUUCAAAAGGCACUCUGUGGGUAGAGAGUAUGAUUUAAGCUUAUUUUAGUCACAUGUAGUACAUAUCUCCUUAAAGCUGUCACUCUCACUUUCUUACCAUUCUCUUGAUUUCUUCAGAAACCAUCUAGUCAUCAUCUUUAUUAUCUACCUGCUUCUGCAAUUAUGUGUCAUAUUCUGUUUUCAGAGCAGUUCAUUGUCAAGUUGGACUUUAAGUGACCAUGCAAGAAAAGAUGAUAUCUCAAGAACCUUGAAACUAUAUUCAUGUCAAGGUUCUUUUUACAGAUGAGAAAAAUAUAUGCAUUAAAGAUUAAUAUUCA